AAACCCUCCACAGUGCUCCUUGCUCCUUGCAUCACAUCUACCCGUUGCUUUACUAUUGCUUCAUUCACAUUCUAUCUUAUACCUUACUCCUGUCAUAUUGGCACAGGGGUUUCCAUAUCUUGCAUUGCUGUUCCUCCAAACUGGGUGUCUGUUUCAAAGAAUCCAUUUGUAUCCUACUUGAUUUGAACGUGUCUGCACAGCCCUAUCACUGAUAAGCGGACCGAGCCAGGUGCGAGUCGCAUAGUGUCUGUGCGACAAACACAUCCAUACCCAAGUGCACCCGAUUUCCCGGAAAGUUUAGCGUCUAUUAUUAUUUACAAGGCCUGUAUCAGCCGAGCUGGAAACAAGUAUUCCUUCAAUCAGUUUUAUUGACAUACACACGGAAUACUCUACCUCGUUCCCGUGCGAGGAUAUAUUCCAACGGUUUUACUUAGGCUCUCUUGCCGUUGUUCCUAUCAUGCCACGAGACUCCAAGCUUCAGCCCUCACAGUGCUCUCUUGCGCCUCCGGCAGAGAUCUCUGGUCCAGUUAGCCCCACUCGACGUGCAAGUCACUCUGCUUCUCCAGAUAGAAGUAUAAGAGCCGAAAGCCACACAUCGCGCUCUGACAGAGGGAAGUUCUUUUCCCCUCCGUCACUACCAUCGUCAGAUAUGACUCCUCCCCCAUCGUCGCAGAUCCCUGGAGCCCCUCUUCGGCAAUCAAGGUCUCGAUCUAGUUCAUACCUUGCAUCUCCACCUGAUAUUGAGAAGACGCUGUGUGUCGCUUAUGGAGCUUCUGAGAACCUCCCCACCGCCGAAGAAAUCGAUACCGCUGACGAAUCCAAACUCCGUGCGAUCGCCAAGGAGCUACUGGGCGUAGCUCAAGAGGCUCGUAUGUCAGCGCUGCACUUCAAGUUACAGAAUAGUCUACUAUCAUUCACAAGCAACGAGGCCAUCAAGCGCGCCGAGGUUGAACAUAAAUUGGCUAGAAGGGAAGUCGAGAUUCUCCAGAGCUCUGAAUAUCGCCGUCGUCAUUCGGAAACUAAACCGCCACAACAAAUUGCCAAUGUUGAAUUAGAACUUGCUCUCAAACGUAAUCAAGAACUGGAGAGGGUCAAUGCUACUCUUGACCGGCGGCUUCGCCGAGCGAAGAAGCUUAUCGACCAAGAGAAAGUGAAGUCUGAUCGACUUGGGGAAGAAAAUUCUUUGUUGAAAGACCGUAUCAGAGAUAACCGAAAGCAUCUUUCCUUGAUGAUCGAGCAUGGUUCAUUGUCUCCAAGUCCACAAAACGAGAUCCAGACUCCUCAUAGAAAGUCUGUUCCUCACUUUGCCGAUAAUAGCCACCAUAUGACCAGGGAUGAAAACCAUAAUCCUUUUGCUGCUCUUCUGGCGGCGGAUCGUGUUCUCAACAGAGAAUCUCCAAGUGCAAUCUCCACAUCAAAUCAGAAUGGCGCACAGCAACAGUUUGGCAACCACCAUGUGCGUGGUGCACAUUCACUAUCUUCUCUUCCUAUGACGCCAUCUCGCUCUCGGGUAGCUCAGCAGGAGAGUCAGCACUUCACUCCGAACAAAGAUUCUCAGCACCAGCAUCGGGAUAGGGACAGCACCAUAUCAGCAUCCGACACCGAGGGAGCCGAAACAGAGGACGACGCUCCUUCUCGCACUGGUUCAGUGGCAACAAACAUGUUUCGCCAUGGUCACUCAGACCAUCAGAAUGCUACAAGAGUGGCAAACGCCCCUAAAUCGAGCACUUUGCUUCAAACAACGCUGUUCGGUCAGGUUAGAAAAGCAGGGGUCGUGCAGCCCUCUGGCAGUCUCAAACGCAAGGCGAGUUUUGACAGUGCGGCCUCGAAGAAAUUGAAAGCGGAGGAACGAGUGGGUCUCGGUAUUGACACAUGGAACAAUAACAGCCGGCCAUAAGUCUAUAUGUGCAUCUGGCUGUAUUUCCUUGCACAUAUUUUGGCAUAUUGCGGUCUUACUACCUCGGGCGGAUUGCGGAUCUUCUUGAUUUGAGACAUCCUUUCAUAAUCCAGACGAUUUUUAAUGUCCUGUAUGUUCCCCCUCAGGAACGGUUACGAAUGAUGACAUGUAAAUGAUGAGGUGGAUCGGUGUUACUAUGGUGUCUUUGUCGUCUCCCUUUUUAUUUCUUGUAUUUCAUUGUUGAAAUUAGGAGCGAUUCUUAUUGAUUCCUAAGGCUCUGUAAUCUUUCAGAAUAUCUCGAGUUAGGUACCUACAUCAUUGUGGUACUAGUAGAUAAG